CUACUGGUAUUGUAGGGAUGUUAUAAGAGUCUUGAGUGGAGAAGGUGGGUCAGUCAGGAUGCGAGCGGUGCAGUGUUUGUUGGUGCUGGUGCUUCUCUUGUGGCAGGCUUCGGCCGGGCCCGCCGUCAGUGUAUUGGGCCACGACCCCUCCUCCCACCCCCCAGCGCUGGCCGCAGUCUCCGAGCUGACGUCACGCGUGGCCAGCAAGGCCCCGCGCCUGAACAUGAAGGACGCCAGGUUCCCCAUCCCGGGGCCCCAGGACAUAGAGGCCAUCAAGAAGGUGGCGCAGAUCCUGGCCAUGCUGGGAGAACAGGUAAUACCGGCAAUUAUAGGAGAGCCGAGCACCGGUGGCGCCGCGUGCGAUCCCGUGGAGGACGCCCCCAACGACACCGUCACUGAAUAGGCUGGGUACGAGUAGUUGACACUGGGUAUUGUAAAGUCUGUUUUUAUUUAUUGAAGUAGAUAUCAUAUAUUAACGGCUCGAUUCAGGAAAUGUAUUAGAGAUACACUAGAUAUGAAAUAGUAAAGAUAUGUGACGUUCCACGGUAAAACGUACGUUAUGGCGGCUGGCGCUUACGUCGCAUAGCGCCACAAUAAUAAUGAAGCGACGUUAAUAAUGGCGUAAGCGCCAACCGCCAUCGCCAUAAGGUACCUUUACCCGUAGGACGUCACAUGGCUUUACUAUAUCGUAUCUAGUUCAUCUCUAAUUCAUUUCCCGAAUCGCGCCGUAAAGAAAAUGUGACUAAGCCCUUCAGCUUGCGACUUAUACCUUUACAAUGACAUUUCUCGAGUUUGAGACAGACUGAGAAAACCCAGUAUUUUAUUUUUAAGUGUUAUUUACGGUUAGUAAAGGGUAACUUAUUAGCGACUUUCUGUUUAUUAAUAAUAAACUGGAGAUUUCA